AUGGUCUCCUCUCCCUGGCGGGCGGGCGGGCGGAGGCUCCGGGCGGGCGCGGUGGCGUUGAGCCCGGAGCCCGGCCCUGCGGCAGAAGCCACAAUUGCCUGCGGCGGUGGGCGCCCUGUCGCCAGCGGCGCUAACCAUGGACGGGCUGCCCGACGCGCUGGGGCCUGCCUCUUGCUGCUGGCGGCCGGCUGGUUGGGGCCCGAGGUCUGGGGUUCGCCCACGUGCCCCCGCCUGCCCGCUGCGCCAUCACCGCCGCCGCCCUGCCGCCUGAGCCCCUGGCGUUCAGCAGGACCUGGGUGCUCGUGGGGUGGCGGGUUUCCGGCGGCCAGAGGAGCUGGGCCGGUGGACGGCGACUUCCUGAGGCGGCAUAGACAUAUCUUGAGCCGCCUGCAGACGGGCCGACCCAACAUCACGCACGCCGUGCCAUACGCCAUGGUCACGGCCCCAGGCAAGCUGCACGCUGGCAGCGUUGAAGACGGCAAGCGCGUGGAGAUCCCGGCAGCACCCGACGGCCACGCCACUCCGGGCGCCGAGGCCAGGAGCGCGUCUCUGAUCAUCAGCUUCUCGCCGACAGAUGGCCUUGCCUCCUCCCGGGUCCGCCUGUACUUCUUCAUCUCCAACGAAGGCAACCAGAACCUGUUUGUGGUGCAGGCCAGCCUGUGGCUUUACCUGAAGCUCCUGCCCUACGUCCUGGAGAAGGGCAGUCGGAGGAAGGUGCGGGUCAAGGUGUACUUCCAGGAGCAGGGUCACGGCGACCGGUGGAACGUGGUGGAGAAGAAGGUGGACCUCAAGCGCAGCGGCUGGCACACCUUCCCGCUCACCGAGGCCAUCCAGUCGUUGUUCGAGCGGGGCGAGCGCCGGCUCAACCUGGACGUGCAGUGUGACGGCUGCGAGGAGCUGGCCGUGGUGCCGGUGUUCGUGGACCCCGGUGAGGAGUCGCACCGGCCCUUUGUGGUGGUGCAGGCGCGGCUGGGUGACAGCAGGCACCGCAUCCGCAAGCGGGGCCUGGAGUGCGAUGGCCGGACCAACCUCUGUUGCAGGCAACAGUUCUUCAUCGACUUCCGCCUCAUCGGCUGGAACGACUGGAUCAUCGCGCCCACCGGCUACUACGGGAACUACUGUGAGGGCAGCUGCCCGGCCUACCUGGCAGGGGUCCCCGGCUCCGCCUCCUCCUUCCACACGGCCGUGGUGAACCAGUACCGCAUGCGGGGCCUGAACCCCGGCACGGUGAACUCCUGCUGUAUCCCCACCAAGCUGAGCACCAUGUCCAUGCUCUACUUCGACGACGAGUACAACAUCGUCAAGCGGGACGUGCCCAACAUGAUUGUGGAGGAGUGUGGCUGCGCCUGA